UUAGAUUUAGGAGGUCCUGUCGUGGCAAAGUUUUUAUCACCUACUAUGUCCAAUUUUGAAGUUGGGGAUUUAAGUCUAAAAACUUUUCUCAUAAUAUAAUUUGAUUGCUUUAUAUUAAUUUGCAUGCUGAUUAUCACACUAAUUAGUUUACAUACUAUUCAUUGUAAGUUCAGGACAUUUCGGAGUUCGCAGUUUUCGAUUCGUGUUUUGUUUUUGAGGUUAUACGUUAUACGUUAUAUUUUGAGCAUGCGGCAUGUAAACAAGAGACAGGUCUGAUCUGAAUAAUUAUUAUGAGGAGUGUUAAUAAAAGAAAGUAGCUGUUUGUUUAAUCAAGGUUGUUUGUUCAAUCAAGUACCAAUCUUUGCUGGUUAUCAACUAAUUGGAGAUAGUCAGCUUCUCAGAUUCUCUCAGAAAAUACUGGGUCUUGAAAGAGAUUUUUCAGUGACAUGAUACAACGUCAUAUCGCAUGUGUAGGGACUAAAGUUUUUGGUACAAGAUAUCCUGAUGUCAGCGAAAAAAGUCGUCAUCCUGACUUUGCCUCCUGUGCCCAAGAUAGCUUAUAAAGCGGACCACUGGGCUCGGCUGAAUGCCUACAAUGAUUACAUCAAAUCAUUGCCAGAUAAAUUUCAAGGAAAAGUAUCAGUGGCUGAUAUAAGUCCUUUAUUCGGCAAAUCAUCGACAAGGGUCUGCAGACUUUCCUGCUUCGAACAGUGGUUCUAUGGUGGUAGGCGUCAGGACCUCAUCCACAUUAAUGAGAAAGGUUUCAAAAUCAUCAGACAAUUCCUACUGAAAUAUGCGCUGUAAAGAGUGAUACUGUAUGGAAUGAUUACAGUGCAAUAACCUAUGGUUACCCUGAUAAAUAAGAAGUAAUUUUUAAACUUUAUUACGUUCAUUGACAAAAGUUAGACAAAGAUAACCUGAAAAAGGUAAUUGACAAAGAUACCUGAAAAUCUAUGGUUACCCUAAGUAGGAACUGUCUAAUGGUAGAUUUUAGGUUUAUUAACAGAAGUUACGGUACUAUUAUCUUACUA